UGAUAUGCUCCAUUCUAUUGAUGACAGACUUUAAGAAAGACUUUACUAUAACCAAAGUGUUCUUCAUCUCCUGGGUUUAUUCACAGUAAACAGAUCCGAGCUAUGCUAGGCCAGUUUAGCCAGGCAGAAGACUUAUUAAUGAAAGCUGGAGUGCAGCCAGAGACUUUCGAUGGAGUUUUCUUGGAUCUUGGGUGUUCCUCCAUGCAACUUGAUGCUCCUGAAAGAGGAUUUUCCCUCCGGAAAGAUGGCCCCUUGGACAUGAGGAUGGAUUGUGGCAGGUAUCCCGACAUGCCCACGGCUGCUGAUGUUGUGAAUGCUUUAGAUCAGCAGGCACUUGCAUCCAUCCUAAGAACAUACGGGGAGGAGAAACAUGCCAAGAAAAUCGCUUCAGCAAUCAUUCAAGCACGCAGCAUAUACCCUAUCACCAGAACCCAACAGCUUGCCAGCAUUGUUGCAGGUGCAUUUUCUCCUUCUGCUAUUUAUGCACGAAAAGACUUGCUACAACGACCUACCCACAUUGCUACCAAGACUUUCCAAGCUCUUCGCAUAUUUGUGAACAAUGAGCUCAAUGAACUCUACACAGGACUGAAAACAGCUCAGAAGUUCCUGAGACCUGGUGGUCGCCUUGUGACCCUUUCCUUCCAUUCAUUAGAGGAUCGCAUUGUCAAACGAUUUUUGCUUGGGAUAAGCAUUGCUGAAAGAUUUAACCUAAAUGUUAGACAGAAGGUGAUACAAAAAUUGCAGUUGGGUUCAGAUCAUGAAAACAAUGAAAGAAUCUCUGCAAGAGAUCCUUUAAUGUGGGAAUUAAUACACAAGAAAGUGCUUACUCCAAAAGACCAAGAAUUACAAGAUAACCCUAGAGGGCGCUCAGCCAAGCUUAGAGCAGCUAAAAAAUUAUGAGAUUUAUCACCAUCUGAUCUUCAAAUAUUCCCACAGUUUCUCUUAAUUUUUUAAUGUGAUGUUCCUAAAUAGCUUACUAUAGCUUAUAAAAUGGAGAAGUCUGGACAUUAAUAGUACUUAGCAUUUUUUUCUCAAAAUGUAGGAAAUUUAACAUGAUAUAGAAAGUUCAACUCGGAGGAAUGGCAUCUCAAAACUGGAAAACUAUGUUUAUCUUUGCAUUAUAUU